CAAAUUAGUGCGCCCCAUAUCUGCUUAGUAUGCAGAAUCAAGCUGAUGUAAAAUGGAACAUAAAAAAAUCAGUUCAAGUUAAAACAGUUUCAAUCAGGGCCGCCAAUAGGUGGGAGCAAAUGGAGCUGUUGCCCCUGACCCCAAUGAUAUAAAAGGGCCUGGGGAUCCAGGCCCUUUAGGAGCCCUACUUGGUGCAGUCUGAGCAGUGCUGAGGGCUGGCUAGCCCUAGCUCAAUCGUUCCACCCAAGGGCCUUCCCCUAACAGGAGCCUGGAACUGAGCUCCCCCGCGCCUGCCCCCCACAUACCGUAAAAUCUCGAGUAUAAUGCACACUGAUGUAUAAUGCGCACCCUGACUUUUGAAUCUUAGCAUAAUGAAACAAUUUGAACUAUAUAUAAGGCGUACCUACACUGCACCUAUAUAUCUAUACUCCUAUAUAGCUUGUGUGCGGCCCACACCCAGAAGCCAACCCGCCAGCACCAAGCCCAGCCUUGCCCAUUUCCCGGAGCUGGCCCUGGGCUUGCAGGAGAGUGGGAGGGAGGUACGUGCCGCUUCCACCCACAGGCUGGCCCGGGAAAUGUGCGCACAGCCCGGGGAGCCAGCGGCGGAGUUUGAAACCUGGCCCCCCCCACCCCCUUGGACAGCUGCCCGCAUGCUGAGCUCGCGCCUGCCGCAGCCUGAAGGAGCACCGGGCAGGCAGCGAGCCAGGGCGCUGUAGCCUGGCAGCGCCACCGACUCCUCGCCUUGUCCGUGAGCCUGGUGGGGCAGCGGCCCCCGCGCUGCACUGCAGCAGGAAAGUUUCUGUGCAGAGGAGAGGGGGAGUUCCCCGGCCCGGGGCUAUUUACAGGUUUGUCAGCUUAAAACUUAAAAAAAUAACUCCUAUAUAUAAUGCACACCCCGACUUUGACCCCCCAAAAAUCGGGAAAAAAAUGUGCAUUAUACUCGAGAUUUUAUGAUACACACAGUGCUCUGGGCCUGAUAAAUUCUGUUGCCAGCCCUACUUUCAUUUGAUAUAUUUUUCCAUAUAAUGUUCAAAUUUCUCUUGUCUGUGUCUAGAAAUUCUACAACCCUUUUUUUAACCCUUAGUAAACUGACAAGUUCCUAAGAAUUGAACACUUGGGCUAAUUUCUGGCUCUGAAGCAAGGCACAUACUUUGGUGAUGAUAUGUGCUUGUGAGGAAAGAGUACUGUAGGUUGCUGCAAAGUGGGGAAAUUCAAGACUCUUGAAAUGAGAAAGUCCCACCCUACUCUAACUUUGCUCCUACCCAGUCUUGCAUGUGCCUCCUGUCCCUGAUAGCUAUGUGUUGGGGCUAGAGGAAUAUCAAAUACAGGUUUGCUUUUCUCUCUUUUUCUCUCUGCUUUUCUUUAUCUGAAUGUGAACAUUGUAAUAUUGAAAUUUUGUGAGCAACUUAUGUCAUAGUAUUAUCUUUUUAAAAAAAUAUAAACUUCCUUUGUUGAUGUAUUAUUUUAUUGUUUAUAUGUAAACAUAUUGAUUUAUGUAAAGUCUGAGUUUGAGAUGGUCUCUCACAUUUCCUUUAGGCAAGCUCCCAAUAACCAGUCCUGUCCUUAAAUCUAACCCAUGCUGAGAGAGCAUGUGAAAGCAGCAGAGAUUUUUCUUUAAAUCAGACGUAGAGAGAACAUAUUACUUCCCUUAAACAUGAAUUCUCAUUAAAAUAAUUAUAUCUGGAGUACUAAAUCAAGAAGUUUGGUCCUUUAAUCUCUUCUUUUACUGAUACAUAAUUCAUCAAAAUCAUGUCACCAGACAUAACUAACCCACUUAUAAGAAAUGUGGAGAAAGUCCUAGAGGAUCUUAUGAUCAGAUAUUUUUAGAGAGCUAUUAAUGGAUCUGGACUCUACAGAGAUCAUUUUUCAAUACAUGAAAAUAUCACAUUCAACUUAAUAAUCACUUGUUUAAAGCAGUGAGGUCUUCUAUGUUCUUUUAAAAAACUAAAAAAGGUGAGAUAAAUGUUUAUUUUGUUUUGAGCUUUUGGUGUGAGAUUUUGUAUUAGAUUUUUCCCAAAAGCAAUAUAAUUAGACUGACUAUAUGUGUACAGACUAUUCGUAUUUUGAUCAAUUUGAGUUUGCCUGUAAUACAAACAUUUGUUUAUAUGUUUUAUGAAUAUAUUCAUCUAGCUACUAUACAUAUAUAAACAGGAGAUAAAAUAUAAAUGUAAAUUGGAUAAUAUAUGUAAAUUGGACAGGUAACAAAUUAAAUAACUCAAGCUGUUUGUGAACAUUUCUGCUCAACUUUAAAAUGUUUCUAGAAUUAUUCCAAACUCUACAAUGGUUGUGCUGACAUUUUCUUUCAAUGUGUCUUGUUUCUGGUUAAAUAGGAGCCAGUUCUGAAGUCCUUAUUCAAGCUGACUCUCCCCUGCAAGUCAAUAAUGAGAGAUUUGUCUGAAUAAAAGCAGACCCUAGGAUUUGGCCCUAACAGAUUUACACUGAUUUUAUAAAUAAUGAGGCAUAUACUUUAUUGUACAAAGUAGCAAUUAGUAAAUUGUGCACAUGUAAAGUGGCCCUCUACUAGCAACUGCAUAUGCAUUUUUAUCCCCCCCCCCUUUUUUUGCAACCAUUCGUUGCCAUUGCAGUCACUGUAUGUUUUAAAUUUUAAGUUUUAUUAUGAAAGCUGUGCUAGAACGGUCUUGUAACUUUUAAUUAUUUUUUUUGUCUUGCUUGUAUAGUUCCAUAGUUUUGGUCAUUAAUUAGAAUUUCUUUCCAUUAAAUUAAAAUCUAAACCAAUUACCUGGUUUUAAAAGGAGAAUGCUAGUUACUUUAUUUUUUAUUUUCCAUUGUGUGUAAUACAGUCUUCAAAUUGGGUGGGGAACCUCAGGCCGGGCACUAGAUGUGGCUCGCAGCUUUCCUAGAGCCAGCCUUUGAGAUUCAGGGCUCCCCUCACAGUACUGGGGAGCCUGCACUAGCAUUCCAGCCCCCAUCUUACCCCACCGCGACCCCAGAGAACACAAAAUCUACUAGCCUAGGUCCCCUAGGCUCUAGUGUGGAAGGGGAAUGUGGGGAAUGCCUUUCUCCUCAGUUGGGAGAGGUUUUUCUUUAUUCUCACUUGUGAGCGGGCCCCCGAUUGAUUUUUCUGAGAGUCAGCGGCCCCUGACCCAAAAAGAGUUCCCCUUACUUAGUUUAAUCCUUUCCAUUUGGCAAACAUUGAUCUCUACUAAUCCCAUUCUCCCAUAUCCUUAUAUUGGUCAAAUUAAUAUGGUGCUCACUGUUUACUCCAUUGUUUGUACAAAGGCCUUGUUGAUUGCAGCUUUCAUCUAGAAUUAGUAGAUCAAAAGUGUAUGUAGGUCCUGUAGUACUACUGAGAAGCACAGACAUGUAGUGCUCUUCAAGACAGCUUUUAUUUAGUUCUGCAAAUUGGUCUUUUGGAUGUAUGCAAUAUCAUGGAUCAGAAUUUCUGGCAGUUCUGAUGUAUAUACUUGGGUGUGGUUUGCACUGGGACAGUUAAAACAUGGACUCUUACACAGAGCUUCAGUGCUUUUCUGAUGGUAAAUGAUAUCCUUAAAUGCUACUUGGUUGAAGCAGAUAUUGAGCAAAAGCAGGGAUCUAUGAAUUGUUUCCCCACUGCCAAGCAUGACAUGAGCAGAGUAUGGGAAAUGAUAGCAAAUAGUGUAAAUCCUCUCCUACACAAGUACUCUCUAGAGUACCUAGCAGUAUGGUGCCACUAAAGAGAAGAGCUAAAAUGACAGAAGUGGGAGGGGCCAUUUAUACCACCAAUUAAUUGGCGGUUUUGUACUAUUUUGAGUAGUGUUCUUAUAGGUCCUCCACUUCAGGUGCACAUGUGCCUCUGCACUUGAAAUGCUGCACUCUUAAGGACACACAUCUUGAAGCAACCUAGUAAUUGCACUUGUUAUAAAAUGUCUAUUUCUACAUAUCUGAAUGAUGAAGACUUUGAUGAUGACAUCCCCAUCCAGAAUAUCAUUCAACAAAGCUUGCAGCAUAUCCAGAAAACUGAUACCGUUACUGAUACUGCAGAGAGUGAUAGAUUCCCAUUUGUCACAAGUGCGGAACAUGGAAAAAUAAUCGCAGCAAUACAGGCAGGCCAAGAGGCAGUCUUGCUGAAGUUGAUGAGGCACUGUUCUGCUUUCAAGGAAGCAGAUCAGCGAGGCUGGCUUCCUUUGCAUGAAGCUGCAGCACAAUUAAACAAGAACAUCCUAGAAAUAACUCUGAAAGCUUCUCACCCCAUUGUGUGGGAACAGACCAGUCUGAAAGGGGAAACUCCUCUCUUUGUAGCAGUAGACAAAUGCAUCUUAGACAAUGUCCACUUUCUCCUGCUCAAUGGCUGCAACCCUAAUGUUAAGAAUGAAGAAGGAGAUUCUUCUUUAGUUAUAGCAAUUAAACAUGAUUUAUAUGAAAUUGCCUCCCUGCUGAUAAGGUUUGGAGCAAAUGUAAAUUUGCAGUGUGUCAAUAAGAGGACAGCUUUACAUGAAGCUGCCAGGCUAGGCAGGAAAGAUAUGGUGAACCUUCUGCUUUGUUCUGGAGCUGAUCCUGAUCCCCGCAGUACAUAUGGGCUCACUCCCCUAGCACUGGCUGCACAGACUGGGCAUACAGGAAUUAUGGAAAUUUUACUGCGAAAAGGUGCUGAUGUCCUUUCACAGGCAGCUGAUUGUGCUUCUAUAUUAUUUGAAGCUGCUGGAGGAGGAAAUCCAGAUUCACUAUCUCUCCUACUAGAAUAUGGAGCUGAUGCCAAUGUUCCCAAACACUCAGGUCACUUGCCUAUCCACAGAGUUGCAUACAGAGGACACCUUCUAGCUUUAAAGCAAUUAGCUUCUGUUACUGAUUAUGCUGCCAUUAAGAAGAGCGGGAUAAGUCCAGUUCAUUCAGCAGCAGCAGGAGCACAUCCUCAGUGCCUGGAAUUUCUUCUCAAAUCUGGGUUUGAAGCCAAUUUCAUGUUGCAUGAGAGGGUUUGCAAAGGCUAUGAUGACCAGAGGAAAUCGGCUUUAUAUUUUGCUGUCUCAAAUGGGGAUAUUUGCUCAACUCAGCUACUUCUGGAUGCUGGAGCCCUGCCAAAUCAAGAUCCCAUUAAGUGCCUUCAGAUAGCCUUGAGAAUGAGCAACUAUGAGCUAAUCAAUCUACUGCUUAAGCAUGGGGCCAACGUAAAUUAUUUCUGCAGAGUGAACACAACGCAUUUCCCCUCAGCUCUGCAGUAUUCUUUAAAAGAUGAAAUUGUGUUAAGAAUGUUGCUGAAUUAUGGAUACGAUGUGUACCGCUGCUUUGAUUGUCUUCAUGAAGACAACAUUCAUUCCCAAUAUGCCUUUGAAGGCUGGACUCCUUCUGUUAUCAAAGACAACAUGUUCUGUGAAGUGAUAACAUUGUCAUGGCUGAAGCACCUCUCUGGGAAGGUAGUGCGAGUGAUGCUAGAUUAUGUUGAUCAUGUCAGCAUCUGCUAUAAGCUGAAAGCAGUUCUCAAGGAACAGACACUCUGGCCAGAAAUCAAUUCCAUUUUGACAAAUCCACGUUCUUUGAAACAUCUUUGUCGUCUGAAGAUUCGGAAAUGCAUGGGCCAUUUGCGUCUGCGUUGUUCUGUCUUCAUGACAUUCCUUCCACUGCCCAAUCGUUUGAAAGAAUAUAUCCUGUACACAGAAUAUGAUCUUUAUGGACAAAGAAAUGUGAUAGGAACCCAGUAAUCCAACUGCACAGAAUUAUAGUCCUGUAUUUUGGGGAGAGUAUUUUAAUGGAUUAAGAUUGUAAUAUAUGUAGUUCUUUUCAUCUACUGGGAUUUUUCAUUUCUAAAAACCAGCCAAUUACCAUGGUGAAAAUUUUUCUGGAUAAAAAGGAAAAAAUAUAGUACAGAGUAAGUACUGAUAACCCAACAUAUAGUCCUCAUAGCAUAAAAAGCAUCAAGGAUUUAACAGAAGCAAUUAAAAAGUAAGGGCAAUAAUAUUUUAGAGCUAUCUAGCAUAAAUGUUUAGGGCAGCAUUUUGAAACAGAUGGAAUGGGAAAUGUCAUUCAAGAGGUAUGAUUCAGGUUGUAAGAAGGAGUUCAGAUUCUUCUCCAAAUGCCUUGGGUCUGCACAUCUGGGCUGAAAACUCUUUUAAAACUUCUACAUCCUGCUUCUGGCUGUUAGGACAAUAUUGUGGUCCAGCCUUCAUUGCAAUAUUUUAAUUUGAGUAGAACUAAAGAGAAGCAAAGCCACAGUCGCCCUUAGAAAUGAUAGGGCCCAUUGCAAAUGAGCCCUCCCCACAAUGUAGCGUUGCCAGAGGGUUUGGGGCUUCCCCCAUGCAAGUUCUGCUGGGAGCAUGGGACUUUGUCACUCUCUCCCUCAUACAGCUUCCAGUAGGGUUCAGGGACUUCCCUGGGGCCUCCUCUCCACUGCCAAUCUAGCAGCAGUGAGCCGUCACUAGCAAGUUGCUGCUGGCUGAGAGGAGCAUGUGAGGGAAGGAGGGAGACGUCCUGAAGCAGACAGGAGAGAGCAGCUUCAGGGAACGGUCAGAGAGGAACCAGCAGAGGCAUAUCCUCAGGCACACAAGAACACGCAGCUGCGUAGGAAUAUCCAAAAUUUGGGUUUGUAUGCUGCUGCAUAUUUUGCAUAUGCCGAGGGGAUGGCCCUGAGCCAAGGCAUUUCCCCCUGCUCCCAACCAUGAAGAGCUGGGAGAAAUGUUUGAAAUGUUUUGACUUAUUAAGGUUUGUUAUUUAGUGAAUACUGUCCUCUGGUCAAUCACUGCAGCAUGGGAAGGAAAGGCAAUGUUGCUAUAUACUGAAUAGUACUUCAUAUAUACUUACGUAGUAAUUAUCAAUUUGCAUGCUCAUAUAGUGCAUUAUGUAACUAAACAUUUCCUUACAUUUCUCAAAGUUAGGAAUAGUUCCAAGUGUGCAAAAUACUGCAGAAGAAACGAACAGUGGAUAUGUAAAAGUAAGCAGUUCAAUAAACAUGAUGGCAUUAAUAGUAUUUAUUUUUUCAUGAGUUUAUAUUCAGGUAAGUAUAGAGUUUUAUUUAUACAUGCAACUGUAUCACUCAAGUUACACAAUUCAAAAGCCCAUUUUUCCCCCAGAAAAAUCUAUAAACUUUAUAAAAUACAGAUUGGACUAAUAUGUUAUUAUCGUUGCUUCUUACAUGGUGCCUACUCAAGUACUGAAUAAAACUAAUAAGUGGGUGGGAAAUAUGCAUUAGUAUCUGUAUUAAUAGGUCUGAAGUUCUAAACCUUUCAGGUUGUGCUGGUAUAAUUUCUGUACCCAUCAAUUCUGUUCAUUUACAUAACCACAGUUCUUUAGAAAGUGCUAUAUAUGCAUAUGACAAAGCUAACAAGAUAUGCAUUAAAACAGCCAGCUAAUGUACCAAUGAUAUUUUCUAUUACUGUUCAGUCCUUUAUAGUUGCAAAAAUAAAUCAGCAUCAUGCCCCUCCAUUUUCUUUUUAUUAAGCACAAUAAGUAUUUCACUGGAUAUAAUUGGGUAAUGUUUCAAAAUUAUUGACAAAAUUGAAAUAGCUGAAGCCCUACAUUGCCCACAUAUAUCUGUGAAAUUGUAUAUUUAGUGGGGGAAAAACAAAACCAUACCAGUCAAGUGCCUUUUUUUUUUUGGAAGCAAACAUCAGAAAAAAAGUCUUUGUGUUUUAAAGUAAGUCUAAUUGAAAUGAAGAUUAUUGUACAAAGCCAACUUUGAACUUUUUAUUAGCGAACUUAAAAUCACAUUAACUGAAGCCCUGGCUAAUACCUUCACACUCAGAAAAGUAGAUAUUAAAGCCAAUUAUCAAACUGACACUAGGUGUAACCAUUUGAGAGUGAUUGCUUUAUUACAAAUAGUCAGGGAGAAAGUUAUAAGACUCUUAAAAACAUUGAACAAUUUCUUAUAUAUCACUAGAACAAGACCAAGCCAGUACAUUAUGAUAAGAUUUUGACCAAUCCACAACAUUACAAAAUCCUUUGUUUGAAUAUAGACAUCAUUAUGGAACAUCAAUGCAGGCACAAUGGUAUGGUGACGUUAUUUUCAUGAUCAAUUAGACAUCACUGUAAGCAGAAGAAAGUUACUUUAUUUCAUGUAAAGAACUUUGGGCAGUCUAGUAAACAAAAGAGAUUUUGUGAAAGAGUAAGGGACAGAAAGAGAAAAAAAAAGAGUCAAUUAUGCACAAUAUUUCUUUCCUGGAUUCACUUAAUAUGUUAAAGAGUUCUCUCUUAAAAACCCAAGUAAGAUGCAGGCAAAGACUGAAAAUGUUGUCUUUUUGUUUGUGUGUGAAUUAUGAAGGAAUUCACUUGUAGGAGUUUUGAUAAAAGAACUUUAUAGACUUAUUUUCACGUAGCAAAUACUUAAAGACUUUUCUUUUGAUGGGAACGGGGGUUGAAGGUUUAGAAUACAGUGCAUACUGUGAUAAUGAGGAGUCAUUAAAACAUUAAUUCUGUAAAUUUUGAUCUACAACUCUUCAAAUUAUGCAAAAGUAAAAAACAGACCACAUGUUGAACCUUUCUAAUCUGGGACUCUCUGGUCUGGCAACAUCUAUGGUCUGGCAUCCUUGGGGACGGAGCAGUGUAUGUAUAGGGGGGUGGGGUGGGAUGGGGGAGGACACUAUGGCAGCAGAAUCAUGGAUGUUGCCAGACCAGAGAACCCCAGUGGCCAGUAGGGGAGCCAGGUUGACAGCAGGGUACCAGCGGCCGAAGACCCAGCUGGAGUUAGGAGAGGAGCCGGGCCAAGUGCCCUUGGGUCUUCAUUGACCUCCCUAGCAAACUCCCUGGUUUGGGACUGGUCUAGUCCAGGGAAGUUGGACCAGGGAGGUCCAACCUGUACCUGUAGGUUAAGAGAAAUGUUUUGUGUAAUGUUUGAGAUUAUAGUAAUUAAACAACCCUGUCUUCUUACACUCUGUGCAAAUAUCAAUUCUAAUUUAUAAAAAUAAACCUUAAACAUAAACACAGGGUAAGUCCUGCUUAUUUAAAUGAAUGUAUACGUAGAGUAAAUCUGCUGGCGACUCCAAAUUACUUUGAUUUACACUCAUGUAAUUGAGCACAAUUGAUUAGAUUUCCUGGGGGGAGGGAGAUCAGCUAAUUGUUAUUGUUAAAACAGAGUCAACUCUAGCCUCAUGAUUACUGAAAAUGUUUCAUCUCAUUUUUAAUUCCAGACCCAAGAAACCAUGUAAUAGAGUACACAUGCAAAUAAGUUUGUCUUAACUGACCGCAUUCAGUUCCUUGCGGGCCAAAAUUAUGGAUCUUUUAAGCUUGAUUAGUAUAGCAGUGUUAAAAGAGCAAUUUUUCAUGGCUACAAUGGGCAAAUAUUCACAGUGUAACAGAACGUAUUACAUAUCCAAAAACACCCAGCAUAACAUACCUGCAGAAUGUAUGUAACAACACCUGAAACAUGAGAACAUCCAGAGGUACUGGUUUGUCUGUCACACUUAUUUCUUGGAUAAAAACACUAGAUAGUCACCCAAAUAAAAUAUAAGCCUACAGUGUUGCAACAAGCAUACUAACCACUUAACUAAAAAGUGAUAAUUAUGAGGAUAAAGUUUAGCAAUAAAAAGAUGGUUAGAAUUAAUCAACACUGUUGCCACAAUGUAUGUUUGUUAACUGGCAUUUUUAAAUCUAUUUCUAGAUAACUGAGCUUUAAAAGGCCCAACAUAUUGGUUUCACAUGCUCCAGGGCCAUGACUUUAGAUGCUGUAGAUAAUAUAAUUCACCCAAUGGCAGAAAGAUGGGAGGUCAGAGUAUUUAUGAGAAAAAAUGAACAAAGAGUUUCUAAUAAAUAUUUCAAUCUUAUUCCAACAUGCACUUUGAUAGCAAUCUACGAGCCAUAGCAAAACACUAAUGUAAGAAAAAACACGCCAAAUUAGGUAACUUAUGAUCAGAGAGCAUUUUGUUGUUUUUUUGUUUAAUGUAUAGAUAAGAAUCUCUGCAUUCAGACCCCACUCAAUCUUUGUCAUUUAUUGUAAUUAAAAAAAAUGUAGCAAAACCAAUUCUCUCUAAUGACUGAGUUAUAAAUUUUAUACAAAAUAUUGUUCUAAAAUCUGUUAUAUAUGGAAAAACCACCUCCUACAGCUUCCAGAAGCUAACCUGAAACCACUGUUUGAAAGAAGCAGUUACACUGGAAACUUAACACACACAUUCACACACGUUCUACAGUAUAAAGUGCAUUCCACAGGGUCAAAUAGCUACUUUGACAUAGGCUAUAUAACAAUAAAGCUAUAAAGUAAUUCUAGCCUUCAUAAAAACGAGGUGGCACCUUAUUAAUCUGCUUUAUACCACAGAGCUGAUCCAUCCUUCAACUACUAUUUACUAGUAAUUGGCUUAGUUCUUCAUCCUUCCAUCUCCCUUAGCAGUGACUUCAGAUCCCUUCCAGACUACAUGUCAGUAGGCUCACUAACCCUACCUACUUACUCACUGCCACAGUACAGAUACUGCUGCACAGAAAAAUCUAUACACAAGCUAGUCAACCUAACUAGCUUGAAUGUUGAUUCUGUGGCUAACAGUAAUACUGAAAAUAGCACAAUGAGGAUUCGGCACAGGUAGUACAAACCCAGCACACACCUAACGUAUAUACUCUGCUUGCUCACCCUGCCAGUCUUUGUACUCAUGCUAGCUAUAUUCAAAUUAAGUCAAGUAGGCUAGCCCCUGAAAAGCUUUUUUUGCUUUGUAGAUAUACCUUAAAUGAGACCAGUCCCAUGCCGAUAGGAUGACAUGAUUCAGAGAAAAAAAAAGUCUUUCUUAAUUGCACUGUGGGUAAGGGAGACAUGCAAAAUUACCAGUA